GAUGGAGAACUGGAUAAAGCUGCCUGGGUGUCAGCACAUUAUGGACACCAAGUGUGACUUUUCUUCAGCCAACCUAGAUGUCUAUGAGGAAGUUAAGUUGCAUCUAAGAGCAGAACAAGGAAACAGCUCUUCUUCAUGGAUUGAGGUUGACUCAUUUGUGCCAUUUAAAAUAGCUCACGUUGGUCCCCCAGCAGUGCAUUUAGAAGCUGAAGAUAAGGCAAUAGUAAUAUACAUCACUCGUCCUGGAAAAGGUGGUAACAUGUGGGCUCUGGAUGAUUUGGGGUUCACAUACAGCAUAGACAUCUGGAGCAACUCUUCAGGUGUAGAGAAAACGGUUAAAACUAGCUAUCUCACAGAUAAGAUUUUUAGCCUGUUACCAGAGACUACCUACUGUUUAAAAGUUAAAGCAGUACAGAUUGGGCUUGGGAGACAUGGUGCCUAUAGUCCAGUGCAUUGUAUAAACACCACAGUGGCAAAUAAGAUGCCUGCACCAGAAAAUGUGAAAGUAUAUGCUGACAGUAAGAACUACGUUCUGACAUGGGAUUACACAUACACAAACGUCACCUUUAAAGCUCAGUGGCUCCUUGCCUAGUAAAGUGGUCUGCUGGGAACUAUUCAGAUAAAUGGAGACCCAUACCUAGCUGUGAAACCGUCAGGACAACACUGUGUCUUUCCUCGAGAUACUGUCCCAAGAGGAAUGCUCUUUCUCCGUGUACAAGCAGCAGAUGGAAAUAACACAUCUUUUUGGUCUGAAGAAAAAAAAACAAAGUUCAAAAACUAGAGAAGCCAAGGUUGGGGCACAGUGUCCAGCUGUAAUCCAGCUUGGCCCAGAACAUACCAUGUAGCCCAGGGGCCCAGUGUCUAGCUCUGUAACCCAGCUUGGCCCAGAACACACCAUGUAGCCCAGGCUGGUUUCAAACUUGGGGCAGUCUUCCUGCCUCCGAGGCCUCUUGAGUGAUGAGAUUAUAGGUGUGAUCCAUGCCUAGCUUAGACCAUGUUUUUACAUGAAAUGAGAAUUCCCCAAUUUCAUGUAAAUUGUUAAAAAUGCAUGCAAAAUAAAGGAAUGAAAAAAUUAUAAA